AUGUUUUUGAUCAAUGUUUCAGAAAUUGCAACAUUUUUGGCCUUUGUGUUAAUAAUGAUGUUCGCUAAGAAAAUUCCUGUCCAUCUGAUUUUCGUUGCCAUGUGCUCUGUUACAUAUGUUGUCAGACAGCAACUUACUGCAGAACUCAACGCACAUAUGGAAAGAUUAACCACAGAUCUUACAUCACGAGAUGCCACAAUUGUGGUCAAGAGACAGAGAAUCCUGACAAUGGUAAAUACUGUGAUUGAAACUAUUAAUGAAAUCACCACCAAUUAUGAAUCCCUUUGUGACCAGUUAGACCAAAUAACUGAGACAGAUUCUGUGGCAUCAUUAAUAUCUGAACAAUUUGCUGGCCCAUCCGUAUCUACUGGCUCAAGUCAAUUAUCUUUUUCUGAUAUUACCUCAACAACCAGAAACCACUUUAAAAUUCUUUUUGAUAAGAUUAUGAUAGACAAUAAUUAUUUUUUAGAUGAUAUGUGUAAUAUGGUGUCUGUUGAGAUUCGUAGUCUUGGAAUAGGAAAGAUUAGUAAGGAAACUAUAAAAAAUUUUUAUUAUAAUAAUGGUGAUUUUAGAGGUAGUACUUUAAAUAAAAUAGGUGCUUGGAUCGAUAGCAAAAAUAAUUUUAACUUAGCUAAUAAUACGGAGUAG